CCUCCACCUCACAAUAUUUCUGUCAGACUUCGCUUCCUGGCCUAGCAGGCAUCAGUUGCAGAGCUUCUAAAAAUGUCUGUUAUUGCAGUUUUCUCCAAUGGGUUCUCCUCAUACCCUCCAAAACCAGUUCCCAGCUCAUUCCAACGACGACCUCUAAAGCAGCCUGGCUGCUUCAUUGUUCCUCCUUAUAGAGUUUCCGCUGAUAAUACCAGACAGUUAUCAGCUUAUCACUUCUUUAGACAGCCAACUUUCAGGACUAGAAGUUUCCAGCAUGACGAUACUGAAAACAUUGGGGCUGCGGAACCUAAAGAUAAGCUGGAGAAAGGAGAUAGAGCUGCUGAUGAGGUACUUGAAAAUCAAACCAGUGGGACUGAUGGGACAGGAAGUUCAUUUCUGGCAAAAUUAGCAAUUGUAUUAGGUGUCGCCGCAGCUCUUACUGUCAUAUCGUUUGGCCUCAAGGGGGCUAGUUUUGGAUCAUUGCUAGGAGUUCAACGCCUGGCUGAAGGUUCAUCCUCUUCAAUUAUGGACUCCUCUCUUGGUUUCACCUUCAAAGCUUUUGGAUACAGAUUUGUACUUCCAGAAUAUGCACCAGGAUGGAUUUACUUUUGGUUGCUUAUGGCUGCUGGGUUUGGACUUUUCAUUAGUGAAGAGGCUUUAAAUAUCUGGGUUGGAAUAACUUUGGCACGGAUGCUGUCAUUAGAUGGAACGUGGCAUUCCUUUGUUGAAUCUCUCUCAAGGAACACCCCAUACAUAAUAUCCACAGUUCUCUGGGUAUACUGGGGAGUUUGCAUCAGUGAUAUGAUACCAUUUUACUUUGGAAAGUUGUUUAGACAAAGUGGAGCAUCUGAUGAUGUUUGUUCAAAGUUAGGGAUCGGUGAAGAGAAGGUGUUGCAUAUCACACAGGUUGUUCAAAAAUAUGGCAAUCUCAUAGGCUUCAUAGAGCGAUUUUCCUUUGGAGUAAGAAAUCCCACGGCUUUCCUAGCAGGGUGCCUGGGAAUAUCACCUGAAUUCUUUUUCGCUGGAGUUUGUUGUGGCGGCUUGGUCACUGUUCCAAUUCAGCUGGGAAUUGGAUUUCUGAUGAGGAAACGUCCUGUCUUUGCCCUGGCAACUGUCGCCACAGUAGUGGGAAUUUGGACUGCGUUGCCAUAUGUUGUGGCUGCUUCAACGGCAUUAUUCCUUUUCCUGCGGCGCCACUACUCAACCUAGCCCUUUUCAAAUUGGUUUGUCAAUAGUCCUAGAAGCAGAGUAUAGAAGUUGUCAGAUUCAGAAAUGCAGAGGAGAUGCUACUAAUUUGUGAUUGGAUGGUUGUUACAUCAUUUAGUUGAAUAUCCAUCCCCAUUCACUGUUUUCAAUUUAAAUUACUAAUUUUCCAUAUUGCAAAGACAGAAAGUGUAUAAAAACUAGUAACUUUAGACAAUGAGAAUUGCUGUAAGGUUAAUCUAACAUAACUUGCUUGCAUGGGGAGCUACUGCCCUUCCCCUUGCAAGUUAUGUCCAUGAAACAUUUUGAGAUGUCUCUAUGUUUUUA